UCUCCAUCCAUAUUGUGACUUAAAGAUUUCAUUUGUAACUUGUUUUAGGAGCUGAAUUCCCCAUAGCAGCCUUCUUUGUCUUUCCUGAUGGAGUCCUACUCCCUAGUCUGGUUUGUGUUUGUAACUGCAGUUCGUUUUAGUUUUCGUCAGACUUGGAACAGGUUUUAUGAAUUUCAGAUAAAUUUCCAGGAUUUCGAAUGAAUCGAGAAACUGAACAAAUGUGUCAGCAAGUCAAUCCCCUCAUUGCUGUCAUGUUUUCUCAAACAAACCAUUUGAAAUUUCAUGGAUUUAGAUGACUCAUGUCAAGAAAUUUUUUUUUUUUCAUAUCGAAAAUUUUGUCUUACAAAAAUUAUCAAAUUUCGAUUGAAAUUCAUGAAAACCAUGAUCUCGAUGGGCAUGUUAUUUUGGGGUGGUGCAUCAAGAUUGUUAAUCCUGGUCCAUGUGCUCGUAGAAACAGCACGUGUAUCAUGUUGUUAAGAAUUUUAGUACAUUGUUGAUUGAGUUCGUUUGAUCGUAAUAUGAACUAUGAGAAUAUAUAUACACGUUAUUAAGUUCACAAGAGAAAUAGCUAAACCCUGAAGUAGUUACCACUCCGCGUUGAUACUACCACUAUUGCACAUUGGAGAAGUUAAACAACCUAUAUUUCCUAACGUUUCUAGAAGAACAACAGUGCAUAUAUUCAUGGUAUAGUACGAAGAUAACAGUUUGCUCAUGUCAAGUUGCCAUGAGCACGAAAACAGUAUUAAAUGUGUAAAAAUCCCAAGUGGAUUGGCAGGAAUUUAGAAUACAUAUCAAAGAGAGGAAAACCACGUGAAUGUGAAGAAUAUGCAUUGUUCAAGACCAUCCAACCUUGCACCACGCUCUUCCACAUUAACAAAUGCAAAAGCAAGCUCUAAUCGUGAAGCAAUUUGGAGCCUUGAUCACCAGUAUAAAAGGCAACAGUGCCGAACGAACGGAGCAGCAGCCAGUCCACUCCAUUCCAUGCACAUCUCCUGAUCUCCCAAGUAACAGCGCCACACACACUCAGGUAGCUAGGUAGGGUUCAAUACAUGGCACGAGCAAACGACAGCCACAGUGUUACUAUCCCCGAUGGCAUGUUCCCAACGCCGCAUAUGGAAGAUGCGGCUGCCGGUGCUAGCAGUGACACCAAGCCUGCCGCUGGCACGAACACACCGACGUCGACUCCAAAAGAUGAUGGCUCCAAACCUGCGGCGGCGCAGGACAAUGUGCUGUCGGCGUCGGCGAACCUGGCGCAGCUGCUGCCGACAGGGUCGGUGAUGGCGUACCAAGCGCUGUCGUCGUCCUUCAACAACCACGGCGAAUGCUACACCUCCAACUGGUGGCUCACCGUCUCGCUCGUCACCUUCCUCACCGUCUUCUGCAUCUUCUUCGCCUUCACCGACAGCAUCACCCACAAAGGCAAGGUGUACUAUGGCGUGGCCAUGAGCGAGCGCCUGAGAAUCUUCAACAUUGAGGUGGGCGAUAGUAUUGCAGACGAGGAAGGGAAGCUAAUUAUAAUGCCUGAACAAGGCAAAGACCUAACGCAAGAACAGAGAGAGGUGUUGAACCAACUAAAGAAGCGGAAGCUGCACUGGCUGGACGGUGUUCACGCCUUCUUCACGGCGGUGGUGUUCCUUUCCGUGGCGUUCAGCGACGUGGGGCUCCAGAAAUGCCUCUUCCCGCACGCCGGCCACGACACCAUGGAGCUGCUCAAGAACAUGCCUCUGGGUAUGUCCUUCCUCUCCAGCUUCGUCUUCAUGAUCUUCCCCACCACACGCCACGGCAUUGGAUUUUCCGACAGUAGUACCACUGCCUCCUCCAAAGAUGCCUCCCGAAAAGUUGCCGAUAUUUACACAAUGACGAGCGAUCAGAAUCGUCGUGAAAGUAGUAAUAAUGCCGCCUCCAAUGUUGCCAAUCAUAAGAAUAUAAAUGGUAACGAAGAGAAUGCCAACUCCAAACCUGCGGCGCAGGACAAGGUGCUGUCGGCAUCGGCGAACCUCGCACAGCUGCUGCCGACGGGGUCGGUGAUGGCGUACCAAGCGCUUUCGCCGUCCUUCAACAACCACGGCGAGUGCUACACCUCCAAUUGGUGGCUCACCGUCUCGCUCGUCACCUUCCUCACCGUCUUCUGCAUCUUCUUCGCCAUCACGGACACUAUCUACUAUAAUGGCAAGGUCUACUACGGUGUGGCCAUGAGGGGGGGCCUGAAAAUCUUCAACAAGGAGGACAACGAUCCUAAUUUUUAUAUCGAGCCAGACAACAAGAAGGAAAAUGAAAACAAAAAUGGAACGGCGACGGAACUGCAAGCGGUAGGACAACAAAAAAGUCCGAGCAGUUCUAACGAGUCCGAACACAAUGGAGAAAAGAAGGGAAAGCUAACCUGGCUAACGAGUAUCUUCGAGAAGAAGGGCGGCGAAAAGGUAAAGCAAGACAACAAACUAACAGCAGAAAAAGAACUAAAGGACAAACUGGAGAGGAUGAAGCUGAACUGGCUGGACGGUCUUCACGCCUUCUUCACGGCGGUGGUGUUCCUGUCCGUUGCGUUCAGCGACGUGGGGCUCCAGAGAUGCCUCUUCCCGGACGCCGGGCACGACACCAUGGAGCUGCUCAAGAAUAUGCCGCUGGGUAUGUCGUUCUUGUCGAGUUUUGUGUUCAUGAUCUUCCCCACAACUCGAAGCGGCAUCGGGUUCUCCAAUCCCACGUCCAAAGGUGAUGAUAAGGCAAAGCCGCACGCGAACGCCAAAUAGUUAAUUCGCUCUUUUCACUUCAACUUGCGAUUUGUCAAUCCAAUUUAACUAGCCGUAUUGUUUCACAUGUGUAGCAGUGGUUGAUCUGUUUGGAUGCAAAAAAAAAAAACACGUAUAUGUUAUAUUUU